CUUGCCUUACUUCUUCUCCAAAUCAUCAUAUUCUCAAGCUCCUUCAAUCCUUAAAGCUUAUACAUUUUUGUAAACUUUAUCCCGAAAAAUAGUACUUAAAAAAUCUAUAAACACUUCUGAAAUGCAAUCAAAUAGCCUAAAGAACAGAUCAGAGAGUGGUCCAAGCAUGGCUGAAAAGAAGUACAAGGGAGUUCGCAGACGAAAAUGGGGCAAAUGGGUGUCGGAAAUCAGGGUUCCAGGUUCAACAGAGCGGCUCUGGUUAGGCUCCUAUGCUACGGCAGAGGCGGCUGCGGUUGCCCACGAUAUUGCUUUCUAUUGUUUACGUAGACCGCCGUCUUUGGAUGGCCUUAACUUCCCUCAGCUGUUGCCUGCGAGGUGUGUGGAUGCAGCCUUGUCACCGAAGUCUGUACAGAAAGCUGCUUCGGAUGCCGGGAUGGGCAUCGAUGCGCAGAUGAUCGUUGGGGUCCCAGUUGAACCGGUCGAGGCGGGCCGAGUUUUUAAACACUAUAAGUUACACAUGAUUUUUAAGCAUUUUUCAAAUCCUAAAUAUGUUAUCAAUUUGAUAAUGUAUAAUAUCGAACCUUCAAGGUGA